AUGAUUUAUGACAUUGGAUGGUUAAUGGGCUGCGACGGCGGGGUAAAAGGGGAAAAGUAUCCGGUCCAAGGUAGGCAAGGGGGUCGGCUUCAAAGAUUAGAACCUCGGGUCCGGAGUGGGGUUUCUCCUGCCCGAACUGCCCGUAGAGAACACCCUAGCAGAUGUAACUCUGUACACGCCUUUUACACUUUUAGGCUCCAGGCAUAUCGAGGUGUCUCGAAAAUGCCGUGA